AUGCCAUCAGGGACCAUCAGUCCACUUAGGCCAAGCUCACCAACAAGUAUCAAUGAGCAACGUACUCUGCGCUCUGGAGCGCCAGUGGUCGACCGAGUUGCAUGCCUGCUCUUGAAUUUCUUGCAGGACGAUCCUGAGCCGACAGAGCCCGCGCUAGCCAGGGGUGUGUUCCAAGCCGAUCAGAGACCGGAGACGGUACUUCUGCAUCACUUGAUUCCUUCAAGUUCACGUCUCAUGGCUCGCUAUCUGCUAUCUUCGAUCCCACGCUUGCACGAUAUCGAGAUCUCCAUUACCGUAUCAAAGUUUGUCUCGGCGAUAACUCCGAAUUUGACAACCUACAGGAUGUGUGCUCGAGCCCGAUGUCGAGAUGCGCUGUGCAGAGGACUAGCAAUUCAGGAUGGUGCAGGCGAUGUCCAAGGUCGACUCCACGAGAGACGAGUAGGCGGCUACUCCAGUGAGCUUGUGGGUGUCCAAGUAACCAUAGAGCCGUCACUUGAAACGUCUGGGUAUACAAAAGACAUGGAUGACUUGAGCUGGUCAAAGAUCCUACGUUUAUUGAGGAGGACUGGGAAGAGGAACUUCAAUAGUCAUGGCGAGGGAAGAACUGAUGCCGAAGCAUACGAGUGGGACGAAAUCUUGGAAAGACUUGAGCCGUUGAUUGAGCGUUUCGAUCUUGUGAUUGUACUUGAUGAAGACACCUAA